UAAUUGUCAAUGUCAAAUGUUAAAUUCAAGAUAAGCCGGUUUUGUUGUUGGCUGUUUAUUAUAAAUUUCAUACCUACGUACUGUUUUGUUUGAAUAUUAUUUUUAUGUAAUUAUAUUAUACACAUACACAAUAGUAUAUAAAAAUGAAUAAACUCGGGACAGAUCCUAAGGUUAAGAAAUCUCUUGUAAGAAAUAUCGAACAUAGAGUGAAAUCGUCACGAAAGCAAGUAGUUCACGAUGUGGCUUGCUCUUCUAGAAAAAGUGAUCAAAGUUCCCAAAAAGAAAAUGACUUAGGCCAACCAACACUUUGUUCAAGUGAAGUCUAUGCUAAUUACCUUAGUGACGUAAAAAAAUCGCUGCCUGUACCAUCGGAAGAAAAUGUUUAUGUGGAUAAAGUUCAACUAAGCUCAAAAAUGACCAAAAAACUUAAUUUUCAUUUCAAUGAUAAAAUAUAUAAAAACCUUAUAGAAUUAAAUGCCAGUGUAGAGGAAAGCAAAAGCCGCAAAGACAAGCGCCCCUUAUGUGGUACAAGCAAAAGGGACCUCGAGCCAAAUUUAGAAGAUUUUUUUGAAGAUGAAGAGGAAAUAGAUUCUCCACCCAACAUCCCUAUUGUGAAGAAUAAAUUCAAGCCUGUGAAAUAUACUGAGAAUAGAUUCAUGCAUACACUGGUUGCAUCCUAUGAAGAUUUAUGACAUUCACCAAUAUUAAAACAUGUUAAUUUUGCUUCA